AUGAUAAAUUAAUAAGAUCUAUAAUCAUCUUAUUUAAAGACAGAAAAUGACUCUUCUUUGCUCAUAGGAGCAAAAUAUAGAUCUUCAAAUAUAAAUUUAGUGCAUAUGGACUAAAAAGAUCCUUAAAAUACUACAGAAUGCAAUGACUCGUUGCAAAGUAUGCAAAACUUAGAGUCUUCUUUAUAAAAUAAUAAUUAAUAGGCUCUUUAAUCAUUAACAAAUAAAUAAGAUUUGCAAAUCAAAAUUCAUGAACCAAGUUAAAAAUAAGAAGUGACAUCAGAAUCUUCUUCUGAUAGUUCUUCAUCUUCAUAGUCCUCCUCUUCCUCUUCUGAAUCAGAAAACAAACAAUAGCGGAAUCAACAAAAUUAAAAAAACAUCUUAUCCAUUAAUCCACCACACUCACUACUAAGUCCUUCUAAUUCUAAAAGGCAUAGCUCCUACCUAUCUAAAGAAUUCCAACACUAAAUAGAAAAUAAUAGCAUUUUACUUAAAUAAUCUAUAAAAUAAAUCAAAUAAAAUAUAUUGAGUAACUGCCUCUUUAAAGAUAAAAUAUAUUAUAAACCAAAUUUUCUCAAGAGACUAGUUUUCAUCCUAAAAUUUUAUAGAAAAAUGAAGUAAAAUGUUUUGAAAAAGAGCUUGAAAUACUUAAGCGAGAAGUUUUUCUACUUAAUUAAUGAUAAGGCUUCUUAGGUAAAUUCAAAGAAAAAGUAAAAAAAUAAAUAUUUAAGAAAGUUUGAAAACUUACUCAAAAUAUUUUAGAAAUUUUCUAUUGAUACCUUUCGUCCAGAAAACACAUUUACCAUAGUUGUUAAACUGCUAUAGUUGGCUGUAAUUAUAUGUUAAUGCUGGUGGCUCCCAAUUCAAAUGUUGUUUGAAGAUUAAAUUUAUGAACUAGAAGUAUCAACAAUAUGCGUCUUUUCAGCUGCCCUUAGAUCUUACAACUGCAAUAUUCCUACUAUGCUCUCAAGGAUAACAUUCAUUUAUUUUAUUUUUACUUAUUGUUUUUAGAAUUCUAACUACCAAAUAAAGUAAUAGCAACCUUUUUUUUAUUUAACUUUCAAAACAUUUCCUAGCUUUAGAUUAGCUAAAAUGUUAGGAAUUCUUCUGCUUUCUGCCCACUUUUUUGCUUGUGGUUUUAUAUGGAUUGGAAGUAACACUGACUAAAAUAACAAUUGGAUUGCAAAAUAAAGUUUGUAAGGAUAAAGUUGGGGAAAUAUAUAUAUAAAUAGCUUAUAUUUUUCUAUAGUAACAAUGAUAACAGUAGGAUAUGGUGACAUAACUCCUGUAAAUUUGAUUGAAAAAACUUUUGUGAUGAUUAUAAUGGUAUUUAAUUGUGGUCUAUUUGGAUAUUACAUAAAUGUUAUGAGUGAAAUAUUCAGAAUUAAGGAACAAGAAAAUAUGGUUGUUAUCAACCAGCAGCUUGAAAUUUUUAAGUAUUUAAAGUUAAGAGGUGUAUCUAACCACAUUCAAACUCAAGUGGCUAAAUAGCUUGAAUAUAUUAAUUAUUAAGAAAGCUCUUAAAAAGGAGAACAUCUUAUAAGUAAACUUGGAGAAGGUUUGAGAAAUGAGGUUAAAAAAGACAUAUAUCUGAAGUAUAUUUAAAAUCAUGUAAUCAUGAAGAGGAUUUUUUCACAGCAAUUUUUGUUUAAGCUAAGUCUUCAUAUGAAAGAAAUGAUUUUAUAUCCAAAUUAGAUUCUUCAUAAAAGAGGAGAGUAAAUAUAAAGAAUAUAUAUGAUUUUCAAAGGAGUUAUUGAAUAUGUUUUUGAAGGAGACACUGAUUAAUAAAUAUCUAGUUUUUAAAGCGGUUAAAUAAUAUCCAUAGAACGAUUUAUUGCCUAACAAAACUACGAAGCAACUCUUAAGAGCUAAAAUAUGUGUACAUUGAUUUAUAUAGAUUUUAAUGAUUUUAAAAACCUCCUCUGUUAGUUUCAACAAGAUUUUGAAAAGUACUUCAUGAUAAAAGAUUUAAUUCAACAGAAACUUACGAAUCCUUUCUUUUCCUAUGAGCAAUGCUAAUCUUGCCAGUAAUUCAACCAUACCCUUUCAUAAUGUCCCUCAGUUACGUUUUAGCCCCAAAGAGACAUUGUCGUAAACAGACAUGCCUUUAGCAUGGAUCAAAAAAGAUAAAAGGUUCAUAAAUAAAGAUUUAAAUCAAAAAUUUGCUGUCUUUCAGAGCUUCAUAAGAUAAGAGUGAUGUUUAAAAAAUAUAGACUUGACAAUUUAGACGAUGAUUAAAAGAAAAAUUUAAGCUCUUUUUAAGAUCAAAAAUGGACUGAGCAUAUACUUUUAUGGACGGAUAAAGUAUUCAUGCAAAGACUUCCUAUAAAGAUUAAGGUAAGAUGGAAUGAUGAUGAGUAAGAUUAGUAAGUCAGAGAAUCUAGAUAUGAUGUAUGUGACUAUAUUGACUAUGAAGAUGAAGAAGAAGAGGAAGAAGAAGAUGAGGAUGAUUUGGGAGAUAGUGAAUAUUAUGAAUAAUCUUAAAAGGAAAAUAACAGUUAUUAUGACCUUCAGAGCAUAGGUUGUAAAGAUGAUGAUUUAAAGAGUACUUAGAUUUCUAUCAAAAAGUAAAGAUUAAAUUCUAUAAAGCUAAGAGAAAGUUAGUAGAUUUCUUAAACAACUAUUGAAGAAUUGUUUAAGUAAAGCUCAAACAAAAAAAUUUCUCUAGAACAUCAAAACGAAGAUAGGUAAAAGAGAGAUUCAUAAAAAACCAUACAGAAGAACUCAUAUAAAAUGAGAGACACCAUUUCAGAAAAAAAUUUGUCAAGGAGACAAAGUUGUGAUAAAAGCAAUUAAUAACAGCAAGAUGGAAAACAUAAUUCAAAUCUAAAUAUAACUGAGUAAAAAUCAGAUUUAGAAAAUAAAUCACAACAUUAGAUAUAACCAUAGUCAUAAAUGAUAAACGAUUAAUAAAAUUAAAUCAUGAGCAUAUUAAAUUAUAUUUCAACCUUUUAAAAAGGAGUACUUGAUAUUAUGAAUAAAUAGAGCUAAUCGAUGUCCAACUUAAGUAUUUCUCGUAGAAAAAAAAAGAAAAAAAGAAAUUUUAAUAGGUUAAAUAGCACAAUUGUAAACAAUUAAGACUUUGAAAUUUCCCUAACUAACUUUGAAAGAUGCAAAGAAUAUAAAUUAUAUUUCCCAGAGUACAAUUUAUCAGUCAUUAUGGAGUAGAUUAAGAAAAAGCACAAUUAUUUCAUGAAAAAAUGGAUUGAAGGAAUUUAAAAAUCUAAUUUUACUUAAAGAAGGUCUUUAUUUAAAAAAAUAUAUUGA